CCUCACUGUUGCUCUCUUUUCCAUUCAACCAAGGCUGCAAACCGCUUUUCGACCAGAAGAACCAACUUCGUUUUCACGGCUCUGACAAAACGCCUGCUGUCUGUUCCAUUGGUUUCCCGUAAACUUGGCCAUUCUCGGGGCUGAAACCCUGUCUAUGCUCUUACUCACAGUCGCAAACACGCAUGCAGACACCUGCAGCAUGCAUACUUUGUUGCGUAUAUAAUCGUACACCAAAUCUACAUACUCUUACAAACACCUCUCACACCCCGUACACUCGCAUUCGCAUCCGUAUGGACACUCGACACACAGACGGGUCGCAUCCGUAAUCACACUGCAUGUGUAUGUUAUACGCUCAUCACACACACAUACAAUAGACACAGACGCACAUAACCACCCACCGACAAGCAAACAAAAUUACUCUCUCUCUCUCUCUAACUCACACACACACGCACACACACACACACAUACAUACACACACGCAUACAUAUUGACGUCACACCUACCGUCAUAUAUACCCACGUACAAGCACUGAUGCCGUUUACAUAGUCACAUGUACACGUACACACACAUAUGCACUCCCAUACGUGUCCAUACAAAUCCACAUUAACAUAGUCCAACAUAAACCCACAUUGACAUGCACGUAUAUACACAUACGCAAAAUCCCAUACACAUAUGCAUAAUACAAAAGCACACUGAUGCCAACUACAUAGUCACACACAUGAACCAUACAUAUAUACACACAUACACAAAACUGGAUUAACGCCAGCUACAUAGUUACACACACACACACAUCUACAUACAUAAACUCAUGUGCACACACCUAUAUACACGUUGAUGUCACAUAGUUAUACAUGUACAAACACAACUUCCUUCGCCCUCUCAUAUUAUAUACACCAAUAAACAUACCCUCACAGACUAGGCUGAUGGAGAUCCACAAGGACUUGCCUUCCUGGAGGUAUUUCGCUUCUUUAUGGUCAACCUGACAACCCAGUAAGUCAAAGUGGUUUUGAAAUCCAUUUGAUGACAAACAACACUACUGCUCUCUUCCCUGAAGCAAUCCCUUCAAACAUUUCUAGUGUCCCCCUUACUAUGUUCGUUAGCACAGUGGCAGCAGCAGCAGCAAAGACAAAUACCACAACCUCCACCACAACAGCAGCAGCAGCAGCAACCACAACGACCACAACAGCAGCAGCAUCAGCAACAACAACAAUAGCAGCAGCAGUAGCAGUAGCUGCCGCAUCAUCCGUACCAGCUGUGUUAUCAAACUUCAAUGCAACAACAACAAAUAUUACCCCAGAAAGAAUGAGCACGCCAGAUUCCCUUAUAAGCAACACCACCGACAAUGUCACUCGGUUACAGCCAUUAAUCUUUCUCCAGACAACUGCUGCUCAAGGAAUCGCAGGCACGUUUGCCUUUGCAUCUAUUUUAAUUACUGUCUAUCAGAUAUAUCUCCACUUACGUUACUAUUCUUGUCCCAAUGAACAACUAUGGAUUGUACGUAUCCUCUUCAUUGUCCCCAUCUACUCAUUCGACUCCUUCCUCAGUCUUAUGUUCUUCAAUAAUGACAGUUAUUACGUCUACGUAGACAGUAUAAAGUAUUGUUAUGAAGCUUUUGUCAUUUACAAUUUCCUGAGUCUCUGCUAUGAGUACCUUGGUGGUGAGAGCUCUAUUAUGUCUGAAAUCCGAGGAAAACCAAUUCAGUCCAGCUGGAUGUGGUGUACCUGCUGCCUCGCUGGUCGACAGUACACUAUAGGUUUUCUGCGCUUUUGUAAGCAAGCUACUUUACAGUUUUGUAUCAUCAAACCUGUUAUGGCUGUUAUAACUUUGAUUCUACAGUCUUUUGGACUCUACAAGGACGGUAAUUUUUCACCAGCUAGUGGUUACUUGUAUAUUACAAUCAUUUAUAAUAUUUCAAUAACAUUGGCACUUUAUGGAUUGUUCCUGUUUUACUUUGCUACCAAAGAACUAUUGAGUCCAUUUGAACCUGUCUUGAAAUUCUUUACUGUUAAAUCAGUAAUCUUUCUGUCUUUCUGGCAAGGAGUGGUUCUUGCUGUUUUUGAAAAGGCUGAUUUGAUCAGUCCGAUCUUCUCUGAAGACGGUAUCCUUAAAGCGGGUGUGGGUACAGUGUCAGCUGGCUGGCAGAACUUUCUCAUCUGCAUUGAGAUGGUAUUUGCCGCCAUUGCACUGCGCUUUGCAUUCCCACACAUGAUCUACAGUUCUGGCCCCUCAUCAACCCAUGGUCGCACGGUGUCGCUGCAGAGCAUUUCGAGCAGCCUGAAGGAGACGAUGAAUCCACGCGACAUUAUGCAGGAUGCGAUACACAACUUCCACCCACAGUAUCAGCAGUAUACUCAACAAGGGAUGAAGAUCCCACAUGAAGAAGAGGGCACUGAGCCCAGCUGGCCAUAUGACCAGCAGUAUCCUUAUCAACAGCAGACUCCUUAUCCGAAUGGGGCCAUCCCAACUUCCAGGCCGCUGCCACCGACCGGAGCCACUCCAAACAAGAUGAAAUUCAAUGAAAAAACUACACUUUUGAGCUCAGACGAUGAAUUUCAGUGAUGACAAGGCAACUGACUUGACGACAACUUUACAUUUCAAACCAAUAAUGACAAGAAACCAAACUGUCAAGAUCAAACAGUUUGUUUUUUACUGGGGUUGUACGUUAGAGUUUGUUUUUUCUCUUCAGUAACUUUGGAAUCAGUGAAGUUCCAAACGUGAGUGAUACAGAUGUGGAAAUAAAAGAAAAUGUU